AUGUCUGCCUCGGAGGACGUCCGCCUGCCUGAAUCUGAGAUCCUGGCGCAAAUGAGCACGCUCAUAAUUGCCGCAAUGGACACGACCUCGGCCGCGCUUUCACGCAUUCUCUACCUACUCUCUCAGAAUACCGAUGUGCAGGACAAGCUCCGUGCCGAACUGACGCGUGCGCGUGAGGAGAGCAGAGGCCCUAUUGGCGAGAUGGACUACAGCCAGCUGUAG